AUGGUCGCCGAGACAAAGCUAUACGAUUCGCUAGGCAUUGCGCCAACUGCGACACCCGAAGAGAUCAAAAAGGCUUAUCGCAAAGCCGCCUUGAAGUACCACCCCGACAAGAACCAAGACAACCCGCAAGCGUCUGAAAAGUUCAAAGAAGUCUCACAAGCCUACGAAAUCCUCUCCGAUGCCGACAAACGCAAGACCUAUGACCAAUUCGGUCUCGAGUUCCUUCUAAGAGGUGGUGCCCCUCCACCAGAGGAUGCUGGCGGCGCUGGAGGCUUCGGUGGUAUGCCUGGAGGCUUCGGAGGCUUCCCUGGAGGAGCUGGAGGUCCUGGUGGUGCAAAGUUCCACUUCUCCACUGGAGGAGGUGGUGGCAUGCCUGGUGGCUUCUCCUUCAGCAACCCCGAAAGCAUCUUCUCCGAAUUUCUCAGGAAUGGUGCUGGUGGUGGAGGUAUGGGCGGUGGCAUGGGAGACGAUGACGACUUCUUCUCAUCCUUUACUGGUGGCAUGCCUGGUGGUUUUGGUGGACGCCCUGGUGCAGGUGCUCGAGCACGUCCUAGUAUGAAUGGCGGCAUGCCCAGACGCCAGCAAACACCCGAAGUCACAGUGGUCGAGAAGCCCUUACCAGUCACCCUCGAAGAUCUGUUCGCCGGCUGCACCAAGAAGAUGAAGAUCAAGAGAAAGACAUUCGACGAGCGCACUGGCAAGCAGUCGGUACAAGAUCGCAUCCUUGAGGUUCCGAUUAAGAAGGGUCUCAAGCCCGGCAGCAAGAUCAAGUUUGCAGGAGUCGGAGAUCAGGUCGAGGGAGGCGUCCAAGACUUGCAUUUCGUUGUAGAAGAGAAAGAGCACCCCCUAUACAAGCGCGAAGGCGACGACCUCGUCCACAACGUCGAGAUCACUUUGAAAGAGGCACUCACUGGCUGGUCCAGAACUGUCAAGACCAUCGAUGGCAAGCAAAUUGGUGUCAGCUCUGGCGGCCCUACACCACCAACAUACAAAGAUCGCUACCCCAACCUGGGUAUGCCCAAGAGUAAGAAGCCAGACGAAAGAGGCGAUUUCGUCGUUGGUGUCAAGAUCCAGUUCCCUGCCAGUUUGACACCCGCACAAAAGAACCAGCUCAAGGAUGUUUUGUGAGCAGAGCGAUUGGAGAAAAACUAGCGAUGGCGUUCUUGAACUCUUUCUAUUCUUCUGUACCUUUCUUCUUUUCUCGAACGAGCGUUUUUAAUUGGAGCGAGGCAUUUGGCGAUGAUGAGGGCCUCGGAGAGGGCCUGUUUAUUAGAUGAAUUAAUGAAACUUUAUGCAAGC